AAGGAACCUGGAUUUGUAUGCAGGUCAUGGCACGAGGACAGAACUAUAACCUAAUGACCUAUGUUGGUCUCUUUCCUCUUCUGCGAUUUUCUCGACGAAUGCGUGAUAAUCGUUAGAUCUCGGAAUUAGGCCACGCACGUCAUUGGAGAUAUGGAACAGCAGGGCGUUAUUAAUGCCGCAGUGCUUGGCGGUCCUACAGUAUGCUGCUCGCAGUGGUAUGUGACAUCUUCGACUGUUGCAUCUCCCAGAAUAGGCUCAGUUGCAUCGCAGGUCACUAUCCAAGGUCAUACAAGCAGGUCUCGACCGGUAUCCUUACAAGUACUACACGUGUGUUGCUCCGCUUUGCUAAAAGCUACCAUUCCAUGGCUGAUGAAACGUUUUACAGUAUGCAAACAUCAUUACACGAAUCAUACUUGCCAAGAUCCGAAUGAAAGCAAUGCUGACGUCACAUACUAUCUCUCACACAUGGAAUCGACUCUUCUUCCUCGCCCAACACCUCAGAUGGCCCAUACCUAGAUUGGAACUCGGACGGCAUCGCCCUCGCCAGGGAAUACGGCAUCCUGGUUCUCCUUACGGAAUACAAUACACUGUCCUGUGGCAGCACCAACAUUGCCGCGCUCUGGCUGAUUGACGCUGGCCUCAGGAGCGGCGCCGCGCGGGAAUUGUCUGUGGCCUACAUCCACAUGCGGGAAGCUGGUAUUCAGUACAACCAACCUCUUUGACCU